ACCACCUCCACCUCUCACGAGCCUCUGUACACGCGUAUCCUAUUAACUUUGUUGAUUCAGUAACAUAGAUACAUCAACAUUACUUCUUGCACCUCUCAAUGCCGUGUCCUGCACUCAUCCCACGCUCGGAGCUCGACUUCAAUCUCUCCAGCCUUGCGCUCACCCUCUCUGGCCCCAAAGACGACCGCGAGCGGCUAGAGCAUUGCUGGGGGAUUCUAGAUUGCGGUGACUGUCACCGAAGUCAGCAUCAUUGUGGGUGGUGUCCGAUUUCCGGAACCUGCCUCCCCCUCCCCCUCAACCCGCUCGCCCGCGCCUUCCCCCUCCUCUCCCCCAUCUCGCACCACCACAUCUGCGCCCUCGGCGCCGAGCGGUUCGAACUGCGCACCGCGGGAUUGGGCUGCCAGGUCUCGACCAUCACGUUCUUGACCAGCAUCGUUACUAUUCUUAUCACUCUCGCUGUUUUACUUGGGAGCUGGCUGCUUAUCAGGCUGGGGAGGUGGGGUAUUGGUGUUUGGAAGCGGGCAAAGGGCGGGUGGGUGGUUUAUGGGGAUGGGAGCGAGGGUGUUUGGGUUAGGAAGGGGGAGGGGUGGGGACCGUGGUGGAGAAGGGUGAGGGGGUUGCAGAGGGAGGAGGAAGUUGUGGUUGUUCAUGGGGAGGAUGGGGAGCAGAGGAGGAGUUGGGCGGCGCGUUUUGGGAUUGGUGGAGGUGAAGGGAGGCGGGGGGAGGAGGAGGAGGAGAGGCCGUUGCUUGGGGGUUGA